GGUUGGUGCUCCCAAGGCAGAAUCUAAAUACAGCACCUCUGUUCAGUCCCCAGGAGCAGUUUUUAAAUGCCGAGUCCAUACCAAUCCUGACAGAAGAUGCACAGAACUGGAUAUGGGUCGAGGCAAUUCUCGGGGCAUGCUCUGUGGGAAGACCUGCAAAGAAGACAGAGAUGAUGAAUGGAUGGGUGUGAGCCUGGCUAGACAGCCGAAGGCUGGUGGAAGUGUGCUGGCAUGUGCACACCGGUGGAAAAACAUUUACUAUGAGACGGAGUACAUCCUGCCCCACGGCUUCUGCAACAUCAUUCCCCCCAACCUGCAGCCCCACGGGAGGAAGCUCUUGCCCUGCUACGAAGAGUACAAGAAGAAGUACGGGGAGGAGCACGGCUCGUGCCAGGCAGGGAUCGCGGGCUUCUUCACCGAGGAGCUGGUCAUCAUGGGGGCACCAGGAUCUUAUUACUGGACAGGAACUGUCAAAGUACUGAAUCUUACUGACAACACAUAUUACAAGCUCAAUGAUGAUGCUGUGAUAGCCAGGCGGUACACGUACCUUGGAUAUGCAGUGACAGCAGGUCAUUUCUCUCAGCCGACUACCACGGACGUUGUAGGAGGAGCUCCCCAGGAUGGAGGCAUCGGAAAGGUUUAUAUUUUCAGAACAGACAGACGAUCAGGCUCUCUAGUAAAGAUUUUUCAGGCUUCAGGAAAAAAGAUGGGCUCUUACUUUGGCUCCUCCUUAUGUGCAGUUGAUCUGAACUCUGAUGGGUUGUCAGACCUGCUGGUCGGAGCACCUAUGUUUUCUGAGAUCAGAGAUGAGGGUCAAGUCACAGUCUAUAUCAACAGAGGAAAUGGAGUGCUGGAAGAGCAGCUCGUCCUGGACGGUGACGGCACCUACAAUGCGCACUUUGGGGAGAGCAUGGCUGAUCUUGGCGACAUUGAUGACGAUGGUUUCUCAGAUGUUGCCAUUGGAGCGCCUAAGGAGGAUAACUACAUAGGAGCGGUGUACAUUUACCACGGGGAUGCCAAUGGUAUUGUACCACAGUACUCUAUGAAGCUGUCUGGGCAAACAGUAAACCCGAUGCUGCGGAUGUUCGGCCAGUCCCUAUCGGGGGGGGUCGAUAUGGAUGGCAAUGGUUAUCCAGAUAUGACUGUUGGAGCCUUCUUGUCAGACAAUGUGGUACUUCUGAGAUCCAGGCCUGUCAUUACCAUGGACAUCUCCAUUUUCCUGCCCUCCUCCAUCAAUAUCACAGCUCCUCAGUGCCACGAUGGCUUGCAGCCAGUGAACUGCCUCAAUGUCACAGUAUGCUUUCGCUUCAGUGGCAAGCAUGUUCCUGGAGAAAUAGGUUUGAAUUAUAACUUGACUGCUGAUGUGGCAAAGAAGGAAAAGAGCCAGCAACCCAGAGUUUACUUUGUGACUUCUGGAGAGACAGUGGGGCAGAUCACAGAGAAGUUACAGCUGUCAUACAUGCAGGAAAAGUGUGAUCAUUACCUAGCGUAUGUCAAGAAAAGAGUUAAAGACGUCAUAUCUCCAAUUGUAUUUGAAGCUGCAUAUAGCCUUGGGGAACAUGUCAUAGAAAGAGGAAAAGAGAACAAGGAACUACCUGCUCUCAAGCCCGUUCUCCGCUGGAAGAAAGGACAAAAGAUAGCACAAAGGAAUCAGACUGUUUUUGAGAGGAACUGUCAAUCUGAUGACUGUGCUGCUGAUUUGAAACUUCAGGGUAAAUUAUUGCUGUCUAGUGUUGAUGACAGAACUGCCUACCUGGCCCUGGGAGCGGUGAGGAACAUCUCGCUUAACAUUUCCAUCUCUAACGUCGGGGAUGAUGCCUACGACACCAAUGUUUUCUUCAAUUUUUCUGGGGAGCUGUUCUUCAUCAAAAUGUGGCAAAAGGAGGAGCUGGGCAUUGCUUGUGAGUUGCUGGAGUCAGACUUCCUCAAGUGCAGCGUGGGAUUUCCUUUCAUGAGAUCAAAAUCUAGGUAUGAGUUCAGUGUGAUCUUUGACACAAGUCACUUGUCUGGACAGGAAGAAACGCUUACAUUCCUUGUCACUGCCCAAAGUGGAAACCUAGAACGCAGUGAAUCUUUGCAUGAUAAUACUCUAACCCUGUCAGUGCCACUGAUGCAUGAAGUGGACUCAUCUAUCACUGGAGAAGUCUUCCCUACUUCAUUUUUCUACGGUGAUUCUGUGGAAUUAUCCAACUUUGUUCGGCUGGAAAACUAUGAGUGCCUUUUCCAGUCUCUCAACUUCACACUGCAGGUUUACAACGCUGGACCAAGCACUCUCCCUGGAGCUUUCCUUGACAUUUCAUUUCCAAACCGCCUCUCUGCCACUGGAGCCGAAAUAUUUCAUGUUCAGCAGAUGAUGGUUGGUCAAGACAAAGGAAGCUGUUCUUUUCACAGAAACCUCAGCCCAUGUGUUGUUCCUCAAGAGAAUGAAAAUAUUUUCCACACAAUAUUUGCUUUUUUCACAAAGUCCGGCAGAAAAGUAUUGGACUGUGAAAGACCAGGCAGGUCCUGCUUAAUUAUACGCUGCAAUUUAAGCUCACUAGCCAAAGCAGAGUCUUGUGAUAUAAGUAUCUAUACGCUGCUGAAUACUGAGAUACUGAAGAAGGACAGUUCAUCAGUCAUCCAGUUUGUCACAAGGGCAAGGGUGAGGGUGGACCCUGACCUCAGAGUUGUGGAGGUGCCCAAUGGAAGCCCAGAAGAAAAACCAGUGGUCUUUGAGGCUUUACACAAUCUGGAACCUCGUGGGUAUGUUGUCGGAUGGAUCAUUGCCAUCAGUUUGCUGGUGGGAAUUCUCAUCUUCCUGUUGCUGGCUGUGCUCUUAUGGAAGAUGGGCUUCUUCCGCCGAAGGUACAAAGAAAUUAUUGAGGCCGAAAAGAGCAGAAAGGAGAAUGAAGAUAGUUGGGACUGGGUCCAGAAAAAUCAGUGAACUGCCUGUGAAAACUAAAGCCCAGUCAUGUGACACGCGCUUGCUAGCCUAUAGGUCCUGCUCUCGUAUCUUCCAUAUGUGGAAGAAGGAAUCUUCUCCAGAUUUUUCGGAGACCCCAUUGAUGCUGUGUCUUUAUCACUCCAACAAGCUAGGGAACAUAUCCUGAGGCAACCACUGCAGCCAUGUCAGGUGACUGGAGCAAUUUCCACUUCAUUUAAGAGCUGAACUUUGAACUUUGGUAACCAAGCUGCAGUGCAGAGCAAUAUUUAUGAAUCCAACUAUGUGGUAUACCCUCAGGGGAAGACUGUUACCUAAAAAUAUUUUUUAUAAAUAUAAGCUUUUUAUAUUGAUUAUGUCUUUAUAUUUGUAUCAAUGUUUUAUAGUUUCUAUUGAAUAGCUAUAUAGUUCACUCAAGCACUGAUAUCUGGCUAAAUCCUUGGAAAUACAUAUAUGUAUAUAUAAAUCCUAUUGUACCUUUAAACUUCAAUGCAAGAGAGAAAAAGAGAGAUUUGCAGAUAAAAGUAGCUGAAAUCCUCAUAUGCUUAAUUCACAAGGCUUGGUAAUGUUGUAGAUAGAGCAUUUAAUGGCAAUAAGCCAAAGUCUUUUCACUCUCUCUUUUUCUGAGUUGAAUUUGGUGUUUGAUUUAUAAACUAAAGAACCUAAAGUAUUACACAGAUGUGGUGUUCUGUAUCUGAGUCUAUCCUCUACUGGCCUGAAUGGGAAAGGAUGAAAACACUGCCUUGGUGACAUGUAGCAAGACAUGUAGCUUGCUUUGGCUCACUGAAGAAAGUAUCAUGGAGUGUUUUCCUUUACAGUCUCUAGUACUUUGGUAAUGGUCUAGGACUGUACAGUUGAGAUACCAGAAGGAUAUAUUAGGCCAACCACCAUGGCACUGAUAAAUUCCUUGGAGAUAAAAUAAAUGGAUCCAUAUUAAUAAUUAUGUUAAGGAAGAUGGGUUUUAAGCUACUGUUAAUGAUUGUGAUCUGUUGUUAUCAAAGCAAGUGGAAAAUUGCUACAAGGUAUGAGCAUUAUGCCUGCCUUGUGAGUUCUAUACAUGAGUUUGUUUAUAUGAUAAUUUUAAGAGAGAUUAGUAGAUGCAACGGUUAAAAUGUUUGGAUCUUUGGAUCUUGAGAUUCCCUAUGUGGGUGUUCCAAGUACUGAUGUCAUCCUUCCUCAAGCAUUAAGAAGGGUGUUUAGUCAAGGUGCAAAUGUUAAUGGACCUCAGAUUGCCACUUGUUCGCUGGUAAUUCCUUAGCAAAUCAUUUGUUAGAAGAAACUUAGUUGUAAUUAAUUCAACCGUGUUUCUUCAAACAGAUCUUGGAUUUCUGGUUUGAUAUAGUGGAACUCAGUAAGACUUGGGUUUAGAAUCUACUUGUACUUUGCACCUUGUGUAAAUAAGAAGUAAAUGUCAUGUUCGUAUAAAAUCCAUGUAAGGGAAAGAUGAGUUGAGCUCUGUGGUAGAAGGUGAAGGAGAAACAGGAAGGAAUGGUUGCAGGGUGUCUCCUUCCAUAAGGGUAGGGUAAAAGAACUGCUGGAUUUUUGGAAACUUGAAUUCAGAGAACACACAGGAAAUCUGCUUGAGAACAGGUCUUAUUCUUGCUCUUCCUUGCGAAAUUCAUUAUAGCUUCUAAUUUUUAAAAAUUAACCACAUCCAUGUUGCUGUUUGCUUUUUCCCCCCACUGGCAUUAAGUGCCUGCUAUUACUGCAGUGUGGAUCAAUAUUUAUUAACUUAAAUAUCUGCACCCAUUAGGCAGAAGAUGGUUUUUAAGUGAAUGAAGCGUAUUGAUUCACCGUUUGACAAGAAAAACUAUUAGUCUAUUCAGUUAUCUUUCUUAAAACAACCAUUGGUGAUUUGGCAGAUUUCAUAUAACAAAUGAUCAUUUAAGCUAGUAUCUGACAAAAACUGCUGAGGCAAAAUCCUGUUAUAACCACAUGUAGUGGACUGCAGACUUUUCAUCAGAGUGCAAUAACAAAGGCUCUUGGCCUUUGACUGCACUGUUGUAUUGGAGACUGUUGAAUUCCUCACACUAUAUUUCUGAUGCCAGUUUUGCUAGUAUUUAAAGCUGAUAUAUCUACCUUUACUGUUGUUGAAAAAUACCUAAGGCUGACAGAAGUGGGACAUGAGGUUGAUUCACAACUAUGAAUUGAGUAAGAAAUUGCUUAAAAUGCUUGCUUGAAAAAAAAAAAAAAAUCCAUCUAUUUAGCUGGAAGAAUUUUCAGUAUCUCCCCUCUCUAAAAAUGAGCCUUGAAAAAAAUCAUUAAAAAGUAAAUUUGCUGAAAAAAUAAUCCAGGGGACAAGUGAAACUAUUUGCAAAUUUACCUGAAUUUGAAAGUUUCCAUCCAAAAAAAAGGGGAAGAAAUCUCAUUGCCAUCUUUUUAAAGAAAAAUUUACUUUCAGAUCUGCCAAAAAUGCUUCUUUACAAUAUUUUUAAAAUCAAGAUUAGUUAUUCCUUUGAAAUAUCUUUUUAAAGUAUAUUAAAAUAAGAGUUAAGGUAAAAUACCCAUUUAGCAUUUCAUACUGUGUUGGACAAUUAUUUAUUUUUUCUUUGCUCAAGGCAAAACCAUUUUUCUUAUUUGGUUAAAGUGAAAAAAAAAAAAUUGAGCCCACACUGGACUUUUUUGAUCUCUGACUUGAAUUUUCUGCUAUUGAUCCAGCACAAGUCAUUACUCAGUGAAAAUCUAGUUGUUGGCCAGAUUAGUGACAUAUUCUUGAAAUAACCUAUAAAUUCUUAGUAUCAUCACUGUUAGGUACUCAGUAGUUCUGUUGUCACAGAUUAUUUGUUUAUAUAUAUAUUCACUCUUCUUUUUUUUUU